UGGCCUUGCUCUUUAGUGCAUUCCUAGCCUUAAGCUUAGAUUGCAACAGGCUUUUACAUGACCACGGGGAGGGAGGGGGAGAAUGCCACGUCUCUCUCCCUUCCCACACUGCAUGGCCCCCACUAGGGCCUCUCAUAAAGCACAGCCCCUGGAUUUAGGGGAACAUGGAGUUCAUUCUUUCAGUGCAUCCAUGGGGGCUUGUGGAACAGGAAAAAAAGGCAUGGCCAUGGCCCAUUCCCCUCCUCUCUCUCCAAAAAGGACUGGUCAAACUCCGGGGAACAUGCUGCACCAUUCUAAUGAGUGGGCUCGCUGUACAUCACUCCCAACACAAUCAUGUACCGGUUUCUGUAGAUGGGAUUUCUGGACAAAGAGAAUGGAGACCUCUAAUUUAUAGAAAAUGCACAGAUGUACUCUGGUUGAUUUUAUUCUUUCUUUUUUGGGCUGGUUUGAUGUUUAUAACUGGCUAUGCUGUAACAGCUGGAGCUGCAGAAAGACUUGUAUUUGGGUAUGACAGCUAUGGAAAUAUAUGUGGUAGGAAGAACACUUAUAUUCAAGGUGCACCUCUUUCUGGACAGGAUAUGACAAAUAAAAAACAUGUGUUCUUUUUGAAUUCGUGCAGUCUGGAAAUUAAAAACCUUAAAAUCAAUUCAAUCGCCUUGUGUGUAUCUAGCUGUCCUCAAGAGCAGCUUAACUCUCUGGAAGACAUCCAGCUUUUUGCAAAGAACAAUGGUUCUUCCCUUUGUAUUUACAACGUCAACAUUUCCAGUUACACGCUAAAUCCAAAGGCAUCUGAGCUGUGUCCCACACUGCCAGUUUCACCAAGCAAAUCCUUCCCAUUGUUUAAUCGAUGUGUUCCAGAAAACCCUGAGUGCUAUUCGCAGUUUGCAUCCAUCUUGAUAAAUAUGGUUAAUGAAGUUGAUGUUUUUCAUCGUAUUCUGAGUGGAAUAAUGGCAGGAAGAGAUACUGUCAUAGGAUUGAGUGUCCUUGCACUAGCCUUCUCUUUAAUAAUGGUUUUAACCUUCAGAUUCAUCACCACACUUCUGGUCCAUAUUUUCAUUACACUAGUUGUGUUUGGAUUGUUAUUCGUCUCAGGUGUUUUGUGGUGGCUGUACUAUGACUACACUAACGACCCAAGGAUAGAACUGGAAACUGAAAAAGAAAAUGUAAAAUUUGUACUUGGAUUUGCUAUCAUAUCUACCAUCAUCACGAUGGUUCUACUUUCCCUCAUAUUUGUACUAAGGAAGAGUAUUCAGCUGACUGUACAGCUCUUUUGGGUUGCUAAUAAAAUAAUUAGCAGGGUCCCUUCCCUACUGUUCCAGCCACUAUGGACCUUUUUGAUUCUCAUUUUCUUCUGGGUGUUCUGGGUUGCUGUGCUACUUAGCUUAGGAACUGCAGGUAGUGCACAAGUCAUUUCAGGAGGACAAGUAGAAUAUAAAAUUCUGUCUGGCAUUCGCUACAUGUGGUGGUACCAUUUAGUCGGCCUUAUCUGGACUAGUGAAUUCAUCUUGGCUUGUCAGCAAAUGACUAUUGCUGGAGCAGUGGUUACUUGCUAUUUCAACCGAAAUAAGAGUAGCUUGCCACGACACCUGAUCCUGUCUUCAAUAUCAGUUCUUUUUUGCUAUCAUCAAGGAACACUUGUAAAGGGGUCGUUUUUAAUCACAAUAGUGAGAAUUCCAAGAAUUAUUCUUAUGUACCUUUAUGAUGCCCUAAAAGAAAAGGAGAGUGCAUGUGCAAGAUGCAUGUUCAAAUGCUGUUUCUGCUGCUUUUGGUGUCUAGAAAGAUGCCUAAGAUACUUUAAUCAGCACGUAUACACCACAACGGCCAUAAAUGGGACAAAUUUUUGUACCUCGGCAAAGGAUGCUCUCUUUAUUUUAGCAAAGAAUUCUGCUAAUAUAGCAUUCAUUAAUUGCUUUGGAGACUUCAUUAUUUUUCUAGGAAAGGUGUUUGUUGUAUGUUUCACAGUUUUUGGAGGGCUAAUGGCAUUUAACUACCAUCGUGAGUUCCAUGUAUGGGUAGUUCCUUUGUUGCUAGUUGCACUUUUUGCCUGCUUGGUAGCCCACAGCUUUUUGUCGGUUUUCGAAGUGGUCAUGGAUGCCCUGUUCUUUUGUUUUGCUAUUGAUAUGGAAACAAAUGAUGGAUCUCCAGAGAAGCCAUACUUCAUGGAUCAAGAAUUACUGAGUUUUGUGAAUCACAGCACCAAGCUAACAGAAUGGGAGAAAAACAGAAAGCAAAAGACCCCCCGAAACAGUGAAGAUGGUACAGAACUACAGCCUAUGGUGAGACGGGAGCAAAGACGAUGUGAUGAGGACAUCAAAUAACAUGUUAUCUCCCAAGUGUACUACAGGAAUGGGGAUAGACUGUAAAUAUUUUCUACUUUAUAAUUUCUUGCGGCAGCCAAAUUGUUGAGCCCCAGGGCUUUCAUCCUUUCACACUAAUCAUUGUUACUGACACUGGAAGCUCAGGGCCAGAUAUGGCCAUGAAUGGCCAGCAAUGAACUCUGCUGGUAUAAAGCAGGCCCAGCUGGCUUUUGUGCCAACCACCCUUCCCAUCCCCAGCAUAGAGAGGGAUGAAGAGGCACAGAGAGAGCAUGUGGCGGGAUUCCUUGCAGCCACAUUGAUCCUCCAUUGGCAUAAAGAUUCAAAAGGCCUUCAGUGUAAAUUUCUAUAGUGCUAGGUUGUUCUAAUUCACACUGGGACUGGUAUAGAUAUCCUGCUUCCGUGCACUGAGCAGUACUCAGAUGUGGUGGAGACUCUGGCACAUGUUUUAAGCUGAUACUUUUGUUUGAUUGUGCUUUACACUAUUUUAAAAUUAUGAGGUGAAAGAAGGGAGAUGGUCCCUCAAGAUGCAGUUUCAGACUUAAAGACUAAUGGUGUGUCUUCAAGCACAAUUAACUCAAGUUAUUAUUUGUUACCCCUAGACUCUCAUCCAUACUCAAAUCUCUAGCUUGAGUUAGGCCAUGUCUACACGACAUAGUUUUGUCAACAUAAGGCAGCUUAUGUUGACCUAACUAGAGGUGUACACUGCAAUGCUCCUCCCGCUGCUUUAACUCUCACAUAGCAACUGCCCAGCAUGCUGGCUCCACGGAGUACCCUGCCUUGAGUACCUGGGAGGUGGUGGAUUUCCUGGAUCUGUGAGGAGAGGAGGCUGUGCAGGUGAAGUUCUGCUCCAGCCUCAGAAACUUGCUCAGGGCAUGAAGGAGAAGGGCAACGACAUACAGCAGUUCAAAGAGCUGUGGCAGGCAUAGCAGAAGGCAAGGGAGGCAAAUAGUCACCUCUGGUGCGGAGCCACAGACAUGCCGCUUUUACAAGGACGAGGCUGGGGUCAAUGUUGGUGAAUAGCUCCCCCACUUGAGUUCCUCUUAUAGCCUUGUGUUUAUAAUGCCAGCACAAGACUGAAGAGCAGUACAGGAUCCAUGCAUUCUGCCACACAUGCCUGGCUCACAGGUGACCAGGGCGGUUGAAAAGCAGCUGGAAACCUAGUAGGAUGCCCAUGGAAUGAUGAGAUUGAGAAACCUGCAUCAUGUGACA